AUAGUCCGUAGUAGUCUACACCGAGGAGAUCUGGUGCUGCAUCUUCAAAAGACGCAUUUUUGUUACUCCUGUAACCUUAAGGGGGCUUUUUAGCUUUUGGUUAGCUAUCCGUUUCUGGAAAACAUCUGAAUCAUUUUAUAACCAAACCCAGCUGCUGCGCACGUCUAUGUGUGCGUGUGUAUUGGUUUGUAUGAGGAAGAGGGAGCGAGUGUGAGACUAUCUGUGCUCGGUUUGCUCUCCUAAAAGGAAAGAAAGAAAAAAGUUUGGACGUCUUUUCUUGACGAAACCGUUUUUUUAGGAAUGAACGCCGAGACGUGCGUUUCAUACUGCGACAUGACAUCCAUGGAUUCAUAUUAUAGCCCAUCUGCAUCGCAAGGUAGGGAUCACCAAACGAACCCGUUCAGGACAUUCCAGUCGAGUGACACCAAAUACAGCUCUGCUUUCCUGACCAACAAAGGUCAGGCGUACGGGGAAAAGUCUCGGAGCCCGUUCCAGCAAGAAUGCCAGUCAUUGGAUGCCACUGCUGGGGAAGGCACCUUUAACAAAUACCACCUCUUCAUGCAGAGGUCGUCCUGCAAAACUCCCACAGACAGCAGCAAACUCCAACAGGAAAGCGAACACAACGGAGGGCUCAUCGCUUGUUAUGGUAAAGAUAGCACCGGGCUGACAGAUUCAGAGUUGCCGCCAAACACUGAUCCUGCAGGGAUGGAUGGCAGCUACCUCAGCGUAAAGGAGUCAGGAGUGAAGAGCCCGCAGGAGCAGCCGAAUUCAGAGCUGGCUUCUCCAUUAGACAAGGGCGAAGGAGAAAGCAACAAGGGCAAAAAGCGACGUAACCGUACCACCUUCACAAGUUAUCAGCUGGAGGAGCUGGAGAAGGUCUUUCAGAAAACACAUUACCCCGAUGUAUACGCCCGAGAGCAGCUCGCACUGAGGACUGACCUGACGGAGGCUCGAGUGCAGGUGUGGUUUCAAAACCGAAGAGCCAAGUGGCGGAAGCGAGAGCGCUUCGGACAGAUGCAGCAGGUCCGGACACAUUUCUCCACGGCCUAUGAACUCCCCCUUCUUACUCGGCCUGAGAACUACGCCCAGAUUCAGAACCCCUCUUGGAUAGGCACCAGCAGUGCGGCGUCUCCUGUUCCGGGCUGCGUUGUACCUUGCGACUCUGUCACUUCGUGCAUGCCUCCUCACCCGCAUGCUUCUAGCGGAGUGUCUGACUUCUUGGGAGUGCCUACUUCAGGAGGUCACAUGGGACAGACGCACAUGGGCAGCUUGUUUGGGAGUCCAGGCAUGGGCACUGGCAUUAACGGGUACGAUCUGAACAUGGACCCGGACCGAAAGUCCUCCAGCAUCGCGACGUUGCGAAUGAAAGCUAAAGAACAUAGCGCAGCCAUCUCUUGGGCUACAUGACUCCCCCAACAUGAGGAUAUCAUCUCUGAGGUCCCUCAACAAAUUGAUAGAGAACAAGAGCAAAUGUGAACAUCGGUUUGCCAUCCUGGCAUGAUACGUGACCUGGGGACAAGGAGGAUUGUCAAAGAAAAGAAAAAUAAUAAAGAAACCAUGUGAAAUUUAUUUUGAUUUGAAGGCCAGAGAGACAGGGAAAACAUGAGAUGCUCAUAAAAUGGAGAACCUUCUGGCUUAAAAAACAAGAAAUAGAAGAAAAUUGAAACUUGACAUUUGGAUGCAUACAAAAAAUAAUGAGGAAAAAAGAAACAAACAGACAAAGACACACAAUAAAUAAACCCUGCACUUAUCCGCUAAACACUUGUAAACACAAGUCAAUUUAUCCAAACUCAUCUGGCUUUGUUUUUAAUAAUUAAAACCUGUAAAAUGUUUGAUCUGUCACGGAUUCCUUUUCCAAAAAUGCCAUCUCUGCCUAAACAGUUUCAAAGGACUUUAAACAACAUGCAGUUUUUCUGUUGGAGACAUUAUCUCUGGAUUAUCUCAAUUAUCUACGGACAUGGCAAUAAAAUUGAAUCACUAUAUAUAGUUUGCCCAUGUAGAGGUAUUGAUUAGUUAUCUGAGGUUACUACUACGUGCACUUGUUUCACACGAUUGCUACAAUGUCUGAAACGUGGCACAGCAGGACCACAGUCAUUCUGGUUGCGAGGCAGCAACCUGCAGCAGCAAAAGAGUACAUGCCAAAUCUGGCAUAUUUCCACUAGCGCCAGGAAAAAGACAGAUACCAUUUGAUAUUAUUAGGACACUUGAACAGAGUAUAAUUUCAUAGUAAGGUCUUUUACCGUCAAACUGAACAUGGUCCAUCAUACACUAAUCCCAAGUACAGUACUUCAGUAAAACUCAUAUUCCCUUUCUUUCAAUGGCGUAUGGAAAACAUGAAGUGUCCUUGUCUAAGUAAAAUCCAAACACAGCUCUCAAAGCACACUUAAGUUUUCUUAAGACCAACCCCGAUCUGACAGCGGCAUGUCCUGAGAUACAAAUCUUGGAACCAGUUCCCAAGCUGCCAAAGUGAAUGUCAAUCUUUACCAAAGACUGGAAAUUUACAGAGAAGAGGAUGCAGUAUUUUUGACGCAACCUUUUAACUAACUAAAUAUAUGAUUUGUCCUGGUUAUAUGAUAUGUUAUUGAGGAGGUCCAAAUUUUGAGCUAUGUUUCAUUAUAUUUUUGGCAGAAGUCCUCAAAUGAAUCCAUCAGCUUGUCAGUUUAAGCAUUAACCUCUCAGCUUCUGAUUGGUUGGGAGUAAUGUAGGGCUUUGUCAUAUAAUCACUCUCACUGCCAUGCGCUGAGGUGACAGAAAUAUAAAGCGAGCAUCAUAACAAAAUACAGUCCAGGGUUUUGCUUUUCCGGAUUCAGAUUUAGAUCAGGUAAAACAAAGCUGUUUGAAAUCCGGAGAUGAAUCCGAUACGCUUGGUCCUUUAGAGAAACCAUUAUAAUUUCUAAACGAGAACCACAUUGCCUUCAUUCUGGUCAGCACCUUAUACGAAUCUCUGGAGGUUUAUACAUACACUCAACUUUUUAUUUGUAAUCCCAAAGCUGGUUUGGGAGUCACAACAUGGCAUCCAAACUCCAAUGGGAGUUACUUUAUAUUGAGAUCUGCUAUAGAUGACAGAAACCAAACGUGUUUUAAAGAAACACAAAAUUUGCCAUUUGCCGUAAAAAAAACGUUUAAGAUCGGUCCCGGAGAUCAGCUGCAAGCAGAUGACUUCUGCUGCUCUGGUCUCAUACUCCAUUACUUUUUUUGGCAGAGGUCUUGAUUUGCAGCUCUUGACUGAGCAUCUCCUCACCCGCCCUGCACCAAGGGACCUUCUGUAAAAGGCAGCGAUAACACAUCGGUCAACUCAUCUCGAUUACUUGCUUUUCAGCAGGAGUUAAACAGGCACGUGCUACUAAACCAGUUCAAACCCGAUUUUGACCAAAGCUUCAGAGCAUUGAGAGUUUUGACAUUCUUUUAAGAGGUUACCGAAGGGACGAAGCGACUAUAGUGUUCCGGUGUUCGGGGAAAGGACAAUCCACAGCUGUGCGCAAAGUAAAUGCAAAACAAACAUGCCUCGCACAUGCUUCCCUUCAGCUGUCAUGGCUCCUCUUACAAAGCCCCAUUCUGAACUGGGCCUGGCCUGCUAGACCGGCCAAAGCGUCGACCCUCAGCGUCUCCGAGCCCAUGCACACCCGUGCUCUCGGGCAAUCUUUUUAAUUAACACCGAGACAUCUGUGGAGAAGGAUACUGUGACAGGACAGAGCAGCCUGUGCUCGGCGCAAGCUUAUCUUUAUCGGGAGUCAGGAAGGGCUCAGGUCAACACGUUCAAGUAUUCAGUUAAUAAAUGAGACACUCAGAGAUCACAUUUGUUGAUAAUACGCUUGUAUUUAAUUCAGAUGAACAAACCAGCAAAAUCAACUACGAUAAAAAGUAAAAAAAAAAGAUUCUACUACAAUAUUAAAACGAAACAUUCAUUUUCAGACAGUACCUUGCAGAUGCCUAUGAAUUAUAGAGAUGUUAAGUCACUCUCUGUUCCAUCUCUAAAAACUUAUACUACUGAAGUAGGCAUACGCGAGUACUAGAAUAAUAUAAUUCUUUGUUUUGUGUGGUCGCAUGUACAGUUUUUAUUUUAUUUUAUUUUUCGUGCGCAAUUUCUUUCUUUGAAGCAGUGUUUUCUUUUGUAAAAUAUUCUUUUUUAGAAAUAUAUUAUUUUAUGUGUGACUGAGGGUUGUUGCAUUUGUUGUAUGGUGGGUUAAAAUAAAUGGGUUUCUGGUACACAAAUGUACCCCAAAACGGUUGUAAUGGCUUAAAACUAAAUGUAUGGCUUUUGAAUAAUUAUUUACUUUCAAGCUUGUUUAUGUUUUAUAUAUAUAUUGUGUGAUUUACAACAGUAAGUUAUUGCACUUACAAACUUGUUUUGAUGAUAUCGGAUUUGAGUGAAAUGUGUGUAUCAAACUAUCAAGAGGGCUGGUAUUUUUUCACAUCCAAGAUGAAAGCUCCAAAAGUUGUAUAUUAUGUGUGAACUUGGGCUAAACUUGGGCCUGUGUCAUGAAAAACAGCAUAACCACCAGUGUCUACAAUUCAAACUAGCAUUCAGAUUAUGCUCUACAGUGUUUUGCUCCAGGAUAUUUCCUGUUAUAUGAUGACAUGCUGCUGGCACAGUCGGCAUAUGUUGUCAGGUCACGAUAUACAGUACCAUCAUUGAGACGUACCAAAUACACCAAGCUCUCAUUGGCUAGAGACCGUUAACUAGACUCUCCUAAAUUAAAUGAGAAGGCCGAUCUUUAAAAGCAUUAUCAUUACAGGUGUUGGGUUUUCUAAUAUGGAUGUUUCCUUUCAUUUGAUACUUUCUGUGUGUGUUCAUUUUUGUUUGUCUAAA